UGUUGAACCAUCUUACGUUAAAUAAUCUACCUAAUCAAAAAGAUGACUUUUAAGUAAAAUCAUGCUUAAGUUGUUACCACAAAAAUAAGCAAGAAAAACAUGCGUCAUCCUCCAAGAAAGCAAUUAAAGGCUGCUUGUGAUGAACACAACAAAUGUUCAAACUUGCUUUUUCUAAAAGUUUCAAAUUUCAGGUAUAUAUUUAUAUCCUCAAGCAAUAAAUUCAAACACAAAUUUGAGUUGAUAAUCAAAUUAAUACUUACCAACUAAAGACUUCAAGGCUAUGGAGAUUAAGGUAGAUAAUCAGAUACCCCGGAAUCUUGAUGACGAGAAAGUUCCUCUGCUUGAAAGCUCAGAACUGCCUGAAGUGGAGAAAAACCUGAUACAACAAGCAAUAAGCCACACAUUUAAAAGCACUGCCCAUCUUGCCAAUCUUCUGCCUACUGGAUCUGUUCUUGCUUUUCAAUUUUUAUCACCCAUAUUCACAAAUCAGGGACAGUGUGAUGUGGUUGGUCGAUCCUUAACUGCUGGUCUUGUAGCACUUUGUGGACUGUCAUGUUUCCUAUUGAACUUCACAGAUAGUUUCAAGGAUCAGAAAGGAAAUAUUUGCUAUGGGUUUGCCACAACACGCGGCUUGUGGAUAAUUGAUGGAUCAGCAACACCCCCGUUGGAAGUCGCAGCAAAGUACAAGCUGAAAUUUAUAGAUUUCAUGCAUGCCAUCAUGUCAAUAUUGGUUUUUGCAGCUGUUGCGUUGUUUGAUCAGAAUGUGGUAAGUUGUUUCUAUCCGACACCUUCAUAUGAAACACAGGAACUGCUUACAGCUCUGCCAGUUGCAAUUGGGGUCAUCUGCAGUAUGUUGUUUGUGGUGUUUCCUACUCAACGUCAUGGUAUUGGCUUCCCCCUCACUUGCUAACUAAUAUGCUUGAUCCCAAAGAUUUGUCGCAUGUGUAUCCUCAUCUUCUUUUACAUUCAGAGUGAGAUACAGUUUCGUUGGUCUUUUCAUUCAUGUAACAAUGUAACCAUUUCCAUUGCCUCUUCACUUAACUUGCCAGAUGAAGCUGUAAAUGAUUAACAAGCGAAUGUACAAAUAAGAAUGCUAGUGUAUACUGAACUCCUUCAUGGAAUUUGAAGA